AGAGAGAAACGAAGUUUGCUUUUGGAAUUUAUUAUCGAGGAGCAACGGGAUCCGAAGCCCUAUAAAAAUGGCGAUAUGAGUGCAAUCUUCUCUCUCUCUUCCUGCAAUCUUUCUUGAUUUCAAGUGAGAUGAGAUAAAAGAAGAAAAAGAAAAAAGAAAAAACACAGACUCUUAUGAGCACAGAGCUUCGGUUUUAAACUCUAAGAUUUUCUGAAAUUGGAAAGACCUGUUUCUCACUUGUGUCAGUUGCAGAGAGAAGUUGACAAUUCAUGCAACCUAGUAGCAGAGAAAUGCAAGGGAUAUCCAUAGCGGCUCGCAUGAACCAGUCCCAAAUUGCAGUUCAAGAGCUUCAGAAUAACGGUCAACAGCAGAUCGCAAACUCUCAGAUGCAUCAGGUUCAGGGCUCCCACUAUGAUCAUCAUCCCUCUCAAGAUGAUUUCCUCGAACAAAUGCUGUCUAAUAUUCCUUCUUGGCCCGAGCUCCCUGGGAACCCUAAAUCCCCUUGGGACCUUAACCCUCAAAACCCUAACGGUACAGCCGCCUCUAACAACGGUAGCGCUAUCGCCAACGGCGGCAGUCAGAAGCUCUUCAACAUAGCAAUCGGCGCUUCGAGCAACAAAUCGUCGGAGGACCAGUCGGGUUCGGAAAACCUUCACUACCCUUUCGACGAGUCCACUCUGCUGGCUUCUAGGCUGAGGCAGCACCAGAUAAGUGGGAAUUCGCCGACUGGGAAAGCAGCAAUGAUGCUUCAGCAACAGCUGCUUCUAUCUAGAGGCGUAGGUGGUGGUGGUGGUGGUGGUGGCAUGGCGAGAUCUCCGACCUCAGCUUCUGGUGGCGCCGCUUCUCUUGGCGGCGAGCAUGGUCUUCUCCCGCUUCCGCUAACCCUGGGAAGUGGUGAUUCUUCAGAUUCACGACUCCUUGUCGAUCGAUCUCGCGACGAUGUUGUCGACGGUUCCUUCAAAUCUCCAACUGGAGAGGGUCCAAUUCAAGGUCUUUUCAACGGAUUCACCGGAUCUCUACCUCGAACUGCUCAGGCAGCGAAUCAACAGCAUUUCCACCACCCACAGAACGGCUCCAUUUCAACCCAAAGCUUCGGUGCUCCUGCUACUGGGAUGAACCAAGCUACUCCGGCGGCAGGGGCGAACGGCGCCGGUAAUGGGCAGGGUCAACCGAGGCAGAGAGUCAGGGCUAGAAGAGGGCAGGCAACAGAUCCUCACAGUAUCGCUGAAAGAUUACGGAGGGAAAGAAUCGCAGAGAGAAUGAAGGCUCUGCAAGAACUUGUACCCAAUGCCAACAAGACGGACAAGGCUUCUAUGCUGGACGAGAUCAUCGACUAUGUGAAAUUCCUGCAACUCCAAGUCAAGGUUCUGAGCAUGAGCAGAUUGGGCGGUGCAACAGCUGUUGCUCCUAUGGUGGCCGAUAUGUCUUCAGAUGGACGUGGUGACUGUAUCCAGGCCGCCGGCGGUGGAGGAGCAGGUGGCGGAAUAGGACGAGGCGUUAACGGAAACCAAAUGACGCCGACAAAUGACAGCAUAUCGGUGACGGAGCACCAGGUGGCGAAGCUGAUGGAGGAAGACAUGGGUUCUGCCAUGCAAUAUCUGCAAGGGAAGGGUCUCUGCCUCAUGCCGAUCUCUCUGGCCACAGCCAUCUCCACUGCCACUUGUCAUUCCAGGAAUCCCCCAAGUGGGUCCUCAGCUCUUGCCCAUCUCAACGCCAACAACAACAAUGGCAGUGGUAACAACCACCCUCUACUCUCUUCCUCUAACGUUGACGGACCUCCGUCACCAAGUUUGUCGGUGUUGACCGUCCAGUCAGCGAACAUGGGUAACGGUGCGGGUGAUACGUCCGUCAAAGAUGCCACGUCUGUGUCAAAGCCGUGAAGGAAGAAAAUGAAUCCCACGGGCCCCACUAACAGGUGGACUACCACUACUAUUAUUAUUACUAUUAUUUUCUUUUUGUACUGAUUGGGUGGUUAGUAGGGCCCAGUGAGAAAGAAAGGAACAGCCAAAAGACAAGAGGAGGGAGGACACCCAAAGGCCGUCAAGUCUAGGGGAAUAAGGAGGUCUCUUUCUGUGGUUUAACGCCAUAUUUGCUUAGACUUGGCUAAAGUAAUCACCACUUGCAGCCAAUAGCCCAACCUAAAACAGCAUCUUUUUUUUUUUUUUUUGCCCUUUUCACCCUUUUGGGUUUCCAUCUUUUUCCUUGAUCUUUCACAUUUUCUAUAGUAGGAAAUAUGGGACUCAUAGGUUUCCUCUCUCCCUCCAUCUCUUUCCAUUGUUCAUUGAUUUGCUUUGUUUUUUGUUUUUUUUUCUUCUUUCAGUUGUUAAUCUUUGAAAUUCGAUGAGAAUUUUCCUCUGUGAUAAUGAUGUUAUUAUAGAAUUUUAUGUUAAUAAAUUAAUGGAGAAAAUUAUUAAA